CCCAUUUGUUUUUAUCUUACUUUCAGCUCCCAAAAGUCUUCUCUCUCGAUCCCCAACUCGUUCACUAGGGUUCAGAGAAAGGAAGAUCGAAAUGGCGAUGAGGCGGAUCUACAGUGAGAUCAAGGGGAAGAAGGUGAAGGAGCUUCCCGCCUACAUCAAAUCGACGUUCUCAGUUGAAACCGUGAAGACCUCUGUGAGGAAAAGUCUCGAUAACUACAACGACAAGUACAUCCAGACAAGCUCCGUCGAUCCUCUCCUUCACAUCUGCUUCGGAGGCAUGGCCUUCUCUUACCUCGUCGCUCUCCCCAACGAGCGUCGCCAUCUCGAGCACCAGCAGCAUGCCAAGGAGCACGGUGGCCAUUGAUCUCGACGAAUCUUUCUCCGAUCCCUCGAUGUGUGUUUAGAUGUUGCUCUGAAGUCUUUUCUGCGAUGGUGACGACUCAAGAUUGUGUCUUAUUGUUUUCUUUUUCUUGAAAUUUUCCGGGAUAUUGUUGAACCCUUUCUUUUGAUUUGCACUUGAUAGAGGCAAAUAACUGAAUCAUGAUAUCGACGAAUAAUAAAACUGUUUUUUCUUA